UUUUCAGCAGAUUCAGAACAGUUUUCCUAAUAUUUUAUCUAGAAUUAGCCGAACAAGUUUUGAAAAUGCGGAAAGUACAGUCGAAAAUCUACAAGUUCAAUUAGAGCAGUCGGUGAAGGGUUCAAAAAAGAUUUUCUUCCGUAAAUUUAUAUUUUCAUCAUAUUUUCGUCCUGCGUGUAAAUGAAAGUUUCCGCGAUAACGUACUGAAUUCAAAAGGAAUUGUGAAAGUUUUCCAAGUGAUAAAAAGUGUAUCUACAAGAAACCCGGUGUUAUCUUAGAUCGAAUAGCUUUUGUUCAGAAAUUUUGGGGAUAUUUUACUAUUUAACAACAAAUAGUGCGAGUGACAGAUUUUCUUGCUGAACGGAAAAUAUUAUUAAUGCCUUGUACAGUAAUAAAAGUUAGAACUUUUGCAUCAACUUGAACCACGGAAUAUAAGGAUCGUAUCCAACAAUGAGCAAAAUUGAGGAAAAAGCUCAGAAAGGCUGCUGGAAAAUUGAUGAAAACGAUGAAGCUUGUUACAUUGAUGUCGAGGAAGAAGUAGAUUACAGUGACCCAAACAGAGAAUACUCACACUGGCACGAACUACCAGAUUUGCUUUUGGAGGAAAUUUUCAAAUAUUUGGAAGUGAGAGAAAGAUAUUAUGCAAGUUUGGUCUGCCGCAGCUGGUACCGUGCCUUCCAUCUCCCUCCGGUUUGGUCAAACUUCGUAGUCGACGAUCGGACCUUGACCCGAGCCAAGUACAACUACUAUUCAGGAUGGCAGCAUACUUUGGACCACUUGCGAACUCAAAGCUGCUUCACGCGUGUGGGCCGAUAUAUAAAAGGACUAGAUUUCAGACCUGAGCAUAGUUUUAAUAAUUUAUUUCAGUUUAUGACCUUAAUGACGUGGUGUAUCACGAAGGGAAGGGAAGAAAGAUGCCUUGCAGAACUCAAGGAUAUAGGUUGCAAAAUUAAAAGCCUCGUGUACACGUUCCCGUGCCAUAUGUCCCAGGCAGAAGAUCCACAAGGAAUCAAAUUAUUUGGAACUGGUGGGGAACUUCUACUCGCUCUCAAGAAACUCAUGGCUAAACUCGACAAUUUAAGAAUACUCAAACUCAUUGAUUUAGUCCUGGAACGAUUUGAAGCCAAUCACUUGCUGGAUGAAGUGCUCGAUUCAUGCUGCACUCAGCUAAGGGUCCUGUACCUUGUGAACACAACAACCGUCCAUUGUCCAAUCAUGCAUGUUGGUCUUUUCGUAAACUUGCAAAUAUUGGUCAUAAGUCCACAAAAUAUAGAUGACGAUGUCCUUAUACUUUUGGCAGAUGCCAAACUCAAACAUUUACAUUUGCUGCAGAAUCGAUAUACCCCACCACACUACCAAAUCUCCGGUUGCAGUCCUAAGGCCUGGCAAAUCAUAAGACGGGAUAAUCCACAAUUGAGGGUGCAUAUUCGAGUGGAGUCGGGAGGAUGUGAAGAGUUUGUCUUCCAACCAAACGCACCUGUCUACAGUAUUUUGUAUGCAACACCAAAGACUAGGAUUACAACCGAAGGCUUGUUACGGAUGAUCGAUAACUACCGAGGGACACUUACAAUCUAUGGUCAUGAAAUGCUGCCGAAAUAUUGUAGCCCGAAGUCGUUUCAUAGUCGAAUCGAUAGUGCGCUGCUCCUUAUGACGAGACAGUGCUACAACAUAACAACGUUGGUUAUUCGUGAGAAAGUAUCAACUUCCACACUUCUCCUUCUGGCAAAAUCUGCUCUAAAUUUGCGGGACUUCCAUGUUAGGAGGAAUGCAGUCAUAUUGCGCUGUGAUUGGCCAUACAACCCUGAAUGGUCCAACGAGUUUUAUUGCUGGUUAAAGUGUGCAUCCAGAUCUUAUGAGUCGACUGAGAAAGAAAUUGCCCAAAUUUUAGGGAAACGAUGGACCCUUCUUAGUGAUAAAGACUUCAAACGAGUGACGGUGAACGUAAGACAGAAGUUUUGACAAGAAUAGGGAAAAUAAAUUAUAUUUUUGCAUAAUUGAUUUUCAAUUUAAAUUUUCCAAGUGAAGUAAUCACCUUAGAUUAUGGAAUAUUAAUUAUGGUUGCAUUCCACGAAGCUUCUUUUUUAGUUUACGUCAAUUUAUAUGGUUAUUUCCUGCUUAUUACACUAUCAAUCAUUGUUCCAUGCUUCCCUUCUUCUCUAAUAAUUUUCCAUAAAGAUCAAUGCAAAAUAAAAACUACGUAAAUUACCUCCCCAUCGCAUCUUCCCGGUACUUACCCAACUCCAUCCUAUAGAAUGUAAUUAAAAGGCGCUUAUAUAUCACAAGACAAUGCUUACAAAGUAGUAUUAAUCAUUUUGAUCCAUCAUUAGCGGCAUUUACUUAAAAUGUGGGUUGAUCACUCAGUGUUCCGCCAGUAAGCUUGCAACGUCUCUCUGAAACAAUGUAUUCAUUGAAAGCACUAUUAGUGUUGAUCCUUUUUAAUUUAUUUUUGAGCAAUUUCGUGGAAAGCCAAGUAAUCUACGGUAAUGGAUAUGUUGGGUACCCGCCAGUCGCUCCAGUUCCUGUUCCGGUUCGAGUUGCAGUACCUGUUCCAGUUAAUCCUGUUCCCGUCCCUGUUGUCGUUCGAGUGAGACCUUUCAGACGCCCUUAUCGUUAUGGAGUUUAUUAUUAACAACAAUCUACAGAAAGUUUGAAUAAGUUCUUCCAGGAAAUUAGUUGGUGAAAUAAAGAUUAUUCACGUGAAA